AUGAAUAGCAAACCAGAACCACUGAUUGUUCAAACAGAAGGAUCUGGUGAAACAAAUUCACAUAAUGCAUCUACUAAAAAAUCUACAAUAAGAGAAGAAAUUUCAUCAUUAUCAUCAAUGGAUAGUAUUAAUGAUAAAACUGUUACUGCUAAUGAAAAGAUUUCUCCAUUAGAAAAUAAUUUAACAGCAUCAUCAUCAUCAUCAACGACAACUGAUAGUGAUUUAGAAAGUGAACAAGGUGAUCCUCUUCGAUCUGAAGAAAAAAACAAUGCUAGAAAAACUCGAACACGUUUACCAAGACGUAUAAAAUAUUUUCGUAAAUUAUUUGCAUCUGAAAUAUCAAGUGAUAUGCCAGAAUUAAUUGAUUAUUAUGUUUGUGCGUAUCAAGGUGAUAUAUUAUUACAAGGAAAAAUGUUUAUAACAGACCGUUAUCUUUGUUUUUAUUCACGUAUUAUAAAUUAUGUAACAAAACAUGUUUAUCGUUGGGAAGAAAUUGGCAAUGUUACAAAAGAACGUGUUGCAUACAUAUUUCCAACAGCUAUUGGCAUUAGAUUAAAAGAAUCAAAAAAGAAAGUUAUUUACGCAUCAUUUCUUUCACGUGAUGAUGCUUAUUAUAAAAUAGCAUCUAUUUGGUCAUCAUAUACAAAUAAUAAAAGUCCAUCGGGUGAUGAUGAAAAUUGUUCACUAUCAAAUGAAGCAGGUAGAUCAACAAACAGAAAUUCUAAUAUGAAACAUGAACAACGUGAUUCAUUUGAAUCUAUUAAUGAAUCUGGACCGGAAGAAGCUUUAGCGCGGUGUUUAGAUGGAAAUAAUAAUAAUGGUAGACGACGAGUUAAAUCGGUUUCACCAAAAUUUGGUGAUGAAAAACAAAGACCAACAAAAGCAGUUAAUGCAUAUAGAGACAAAGUACUUGAAAAAAAUCCAAUUCUUAAUCAAAAAUUACCAAAUCGAUUAGAUGGAAAUAGUCCUAAUACAAGUAAACCUACUCGAGUUUCACGUCGUACAAAAAAAGAACAAAAGCAAGAUGUAGCAUCAAAAAGAAGUAGUUCUUUGAUAACUCGUCGAACACAGAAUACUUCUUUACAAGCAUCACCAACUCCAAUUAUCGAUCAAGCAGUAUCUCUACCAGUACAGAUCUCAUCUGAACCAGAUUCAUCAUCAACUUUAAUUCCAAAUAUAAAUCCACCAAUAACACAAGCAAAUGAUAAUGGAAUUCCAAUAAAAAUUCUUAACACAACUAUGUCUUGUAUUAAUUUAAUUAUUCAAACAGUAUCAUCAUUAUUUCAUCAUUUUCAUAUAUAUCCAACUAGAGCAACUACUUUUAUUUUAUUAUUUCUUACAAUUUUAUUUUUUCAUUCAUUUUAUUUAAUUGCAUUGGCUUAUCGGGUAGAAAACCGUUUACAAUCAUUACACAAUUUAUGGCCAUCAUCUUUCAUGAAAAAAUAA